GGGCCAGCGCAGGCGCGCCCCGAACCGAUCAGCUGAUCCUGUUGCUGCCGCCGCCGCCACCGCCACGCCCCGUGCGCCGUGACCCGCGACCCCAGAUCCCGACCUCUUUUAGAUCGGCCCGCGCGCCCCAGGCCCGGCCCGGGCGGCGCGACGGGAGGAUGAGCGGCGGGCGGCGGAAGGAGGAGCCGCCUCAGCCGCAGCUGGCUAACGGGGCCCUCAAAGUCUCCGUCUGGAGCAAGGUGCUGCGGAGCGACGCGGCCUGGGAGGACAAGGAUGAAUUUUUAGAUGUGAUCUACUGGUUCCGACAGAUCAUCGCUGUGGUCCUAGGUGUCAUUUGGGGAGUAUUACCAUUGCGAGGUUUCUUGGGAAUAGCAGGAUUCUGCCUGAUCAAUGCAGGUGUCCUGUACCUCUACUUCAGCAACUACCUACAGAUAGAUGAGGAAGAGUAUGGCGGCACGUGGGAGCUCACAAAGGAAGGGUUUAUGACAUCGUUUGCCUUGUUCAUGAACCUAGCCCAAACAACGAAAUCAGAAUCUCUGGGAGGUGGCGCCCAGGCAUCUCUCUGUAUGUUUUUAAAGAGCCCACAAGAUUGGAAAGGCGAGUCAGGUUUGAGAAUCUCUGCUUUAUUUGAUAUGAAGCUGACAGGGUAUGAUGUAGUUUUGUUUUCACGUUUGUUGCUAAUGCUAACACUUACUAGCAGUACAGUUUGCUUUACCUGUAUCAUUUCCACACGUAUAACUCUAAGCCCUCGCACUCUGGUCUCUGUUUGGCAGGGGGAGAGACUUAUCCAGGGUCCCUUUGGGAGCACAGGACGGUGGUCCUGGGCUCUGUUAGAGACAGCUUGAUGUCAGUGAAAUUAUGUAAGCCCCCAAGCAACUUAUGCAUUGGAUAGCCCCCGGGAAGUACAUUGUACGCACAUUCUUAGGAUGCUUUUGUUUUGUGGAAUGAGAGCCUGUGUUGACCCUGUU